AUGGAAUGGGGGUGCUCUUAUCGAGAAGAGCAGGAAGAGCAGCCGAUGGCAAAGGCACGGAAGAGGCAGCCGAAGAAGAUCACUCCAGUGACUGCAGCGCCGGUGGAUUUCAAGUUGCCUGCGAACAUCAAGACGUGGGGUCGGUUGCCUCUUCCAGUGCUUGCUAGUAUCCUGAACCACUGCGAGCCUGAGAAGUUCACUGAGGAGAACCUUGGACAGCUGAACGGCAGGCGUCAGUUGGCGAAUUCUGAAGCUGCUCCACUUGUGGAGUUUCUCACGAACAUCUCCCCUGACACCCCUAUACCUGCAGCACAGACCGUGGCGGCUCUGGCCUCGACGGCAGCAGACCUGAACGAGCAGCUGUUCCGAAGAGGCGCAGCGUUUCACAUCACUUCUCCGCUCGAUUGGCAGAGGAGGGGCUGCAACACCGUCGAGUGCCCAGCGGAGCUGGACACCUAA